AUGCCUCACACCUCUCUAGUAUUUGCCAACCCCUACGAGGCCUACCCGCCCAACGACCUCAUCUACCCGAACCAACGGAUCAGCGCCUCCCACCCUCGCCUGCGCUACCUCAUCUACCGCUGGGUCCGCCUGGCCGACACCCUCGAGUGGCGCUACGUGGCCGUCGCCGGCACCCUGCUGGCCGCUCUGCGCAACGGGCGCAUCAUCCCGUGGGACUCCGACCUCGACAUCGCCAUCGACCGCGAGACGGGCGAGAUGAUACGAGACCUCGCGGCGGGACACCCUCAGGCCACCAGUAGUGGGCAGCUGUGGUCCUCCAUCGACGGCAUCUCGAUCGAGUGGAACACGGCGGUGGCCCGCCAUCAGCCCUGGCACGACGGCGAGGUCCGCCUGAUCGUCAACGAGCACCGGGCCAUGGACCUCCCCGGCGAUGGUCUUCGCUACAACCGCACCGGUGAUGUCGUGCCCUCGCAGGAGGACUCUGUCUCAUUCGUGGGUCCGUUCGCCCGGCUGGUCGCCUACAUCGACGGUCACACCGCGCACAUGGACGUGUACGGCACCGAUGCGACAGAGGUGGGGCCGCAGCGGGCAAGUUUCCCCCGGAAGAUCGUGCCAUGCCCUCUUGAGGGACAGGUGAUGUGGUGCCCGUCGGCGGCGGACUACGAACCGAUGCUGCAGCACACCUACGGGAAGGACUACAUGACACCGAGCCAGUAA